UCCUGGGUGGAGAUUAACUUUGCAUUGUCUUUCAUUUAUUUUAGAUGUCAGAGGGAAGAUUCUAGAGUUGCAUUCUAGGACCAUUUCCAAUAGCUGACAACCAAAGUAGAUGCUGUGUAAUGAAGGAACCACCUCAAGACUAUAAACUAAAGCCUCCCAGCCCUAACCUGACUGACACAGAUGAGGUGGUGACUGCAUAGAAACUGCCCCAGUCCUGGGUCCAUAAUGUACACACCAGUUGAGUUUUCAGAGGCUGAAUUUCCACAAGUUAAAUAUCAAAGAAGACAGCAAUUUUGGGACCCUAUACGUCUAGCUCUUUUUACAUUGGCAAUUGCAGCAAUCAUAGGAAUUGCAAUUGGUAUUGUUACUCAUUUUGUUGUUGAGGAUGAUAAGUCAUUCUAUUACCUUGCCUCUUUUAAAGUCACAAAUACAAAAUACAAAGAAAAUUAUGGAAUAAGAACCUCAAGAGAAUUUAUAGAAAGGAGUCAUCAGAUUGAGAGAAUGAUGUCUACGAUAUUUCGAUGGCCUUCUAGAGGGGGUCGGUUUAUCAAAUCUCAUGUUAUCAAAAUAAGUCCAGAUGAACAUGGUGUGAAUAUUUUUAUGGUGCUCAUAUUUCGAUAUCCAUCUACUCACAGUGUUGAGCAAAUCAAGAAAACAAUUGAAAGGAUUUUAUACCAAAGUCUGCAGACAAAAAGGUUGCCUUUGACUAUAAACAAAUCAUCAUUUACACUCACACAUAUUAACAGCAAAAACAUGAGGAAACUUCUCACCAACCGCUGUGGAAUAAGGCUGACAUCUUCAAAAAUGCCAUUACCAGCAAUCUCUUCUACUGAAAGGAUUGCCCAUGGAAGGGAAACAGCCAUGGAAGGGGAGUGGCCAUGGCAGGUCAGUCUCCAGCUCAGAGGGGUAGGCCAUCAGUGUGGUGCCACCCUCAUCAGCAGUACGUGGCUGCUCACAGCAGCUCACUGCUUCCGCAGAACUAAAGACCCAAGUCAAUGGAUUGCUAGUUUUGGUGCAACUCUAGCAAUGCCCUCCGUGCAGCGAAGUGUGGGGAAAAUAAUAGUUUAUGAAAAUUACCAUACAGAAACAAAUGAAAACGACAUUGCUUUGGUUCAGCUCACUAAGCGAGUGGAGUUUUCAGGCGCAGUGCAGAGAGUCUGCCUCCCAGAUUCAUCUCUGAAGCUGCCACCUAAUACAAGCGUGUUCGUCACGGGGUUUGGAUCCACCGUAAAUGAUGGACCUAUGCAAAAUAUACUUCGACAAGCCAGAGUGGAAACCAUAAGCAAUGAUGUGUGUAACAGAAAGGAUGUAUAUAAUGGUCUGAUAACUUCAGGAAUGUUAUGUGCUGGAUUCAUGGAAGGAAAAGUGGAUGCAUGUCAGGGUGAUUCUGGUGGACCUCUGGUUUACAGUGAUCAUGGCACUUGGUACCUUGUUGGUAUAGUAAGUUGGGGACGAUCAUGUGGUCUUCCCAAGAAACCUGGGGUCUACACAAGAGUGACUCGGUACCGAGACUGGAUUGCCUCAAAAACUGGCAUCUAGUGCCAACUGUCCUUGAAUUAUAUCCAUGGUACAUGGAGCUGAAAUGCUUGAGUACUGUGUACUAUUUAUAUUCAUGUGGUCUGGAUCAGUGCUUUUGCUGGGUGUCAAGAAAUCCUUCAGACUCUGACCAGUCUACUGUCAUGAGGUGGCCUUUGAGUGCAGGCGGCCAAGCUCUCUCUCUACUCUGAGGGAAGAAGACACAGCAGAUGGUAAAUAGCACCCACUCCUCACUCUCCAGGGAAACUGGGAUGCUUAUCAAUGAGAUGAAUAUUUAUCGACAGUUUACCCCAGUGGGAGACAGGGAACAUCAUUUUCCACCAGAAUAUGAAUUGCUGCCAGGGCUGACAAAAACUUACCUCAUGUAAUACCUGGAGCACCUGUGACUCUCCCAGCAAAACACCCAACACAGGUCCUAUCUGAGGACUCAGAGCAGCGACACUGUAGGACCUGUACGUGGACAUUCGGUGCCUGGAAAGGAGAAGCAUGGGACUUACAAUACAACUUGAACACCUGGUUUUAAACAAUAAUAAUACAGAGCAUUAUCACAAACAAGAGUUGCCAUUGAAAAGUUGUUUAAAUGUAUCUGAACUUGCUGUUAACAUUCUUAUGUACAUGGGCACUAGCUUCAGGAUGCAUGUUGCAUUGUUAAGAAACAUUUCUGAUUAAUUCUUUAACAUCACCUUACCAUCCAUACAGCACUUAGAGGCAGGCCAGAAAAGAAAAGAAAAGACUCUUGGGAACAUUUUUCCCUGUGUACAAGGCAAACAGAACUGAUGGGACUCAGGCUGGCAAAGUUGGUUUCAAACGAUUCGUAUCAGGACAGACACUCCAGAUUUUUUGGUGGAAUGAUCAAUCCAGUUAAUUAUUUAGAAACAUUUACAACAGCAUAUGGUAAUUGUUGCUUUUUUAAGUCUUUAGCUCUCUGAAAGUUCAGAUGUCUAUCAGAAUAUCAAGCUCAGAGAGUUGGUUUGUAUAAAGCACUUAGGAGAGUGUCUGGCAUACAUUAAUCACUAUAUAAAUGUUUCCUAGAAUAGAAAGGAAUGUUUCUGUGAGUUUUAAGAUAAAUUACCUUAAUUUGUCAAAUGAGUAAAUGACUUUGGGGUUGAAAUACAGUCCAAAAUUCAUUAAUGAAGAGCAUAGGCUUUGGAACCUGGCUGCCCCAGCUUGAAUGUUGGCUCUGCCAAGUAUGAGCUGUGUGUCCUUGCACAGUUUUCCUAACAUCUCUGUGCAUUAGUUUUUCCAUCUCUACAAUGGGAAUAAAUAUAGUAUCUACCUCAUAUCAUUGUGAUGAGGGUUAAAUGCCUUAAUAUAAGUAAAGCACUUGGAACUGUGUCUGCCCCCAUAGGCCUCAAUGGGGACUAACUAUUGUUAAUUAUUAUUAAGGUGCUUUGGACUCAAUAAAACAAUAUACCUUUUUAAACCUGUCCUUCCCUUAAAAUCAUGUAACUGAUUUAAGAAUUUACAUUACAUUGAUAAAAAUAAAGACUAGGUGAACUA